GGAUCCAAGUCCCUCUUUUCUGAGUCAUCCAUCCUCGCCACCGUUUACGAGAACGCACUCGACAUGAAGGGCCUCUAUCCCGGAUGGUCCAAGGACAUCCAAUUCGUCCGCAGUGGCGAUUUCUUCCAGUCCGGUCACGAAAAAGUGGUGCCCUGCGGCAACCAGUUCGAAAUUCUGUCCAGAAAGGUGUUCCUGGGCGUCGCCUCCGCCUGUCCCCUGGACAUCCAUGGAGCCAAGAAGGCCCACAUGCCGGAGUCCGCCGACAGGGCGUCCGGGGUGUCACUGAUUGUCAGCGAUUUGGACGCGAUAACCUUCCACGAGGCCUGCCUUCCAACGCCACUGAGG